CCAGACAGUACAGAUGCAAUUUCACGUGACUGGACUUUGCACCCAUUUGCCAAUAAUAAGAGAACAGACAUCUUGUGUGAAAACUAGAGGCAGAAACAGAAACCAUUCCGUGCUGCAAGUUACUAAGAAGACAGUAUGCAUAAGAAGAAUCACUGAGAUAGAGAGGAUGACAAAGAAUGAUAGAGAAAGAAAGAAGGAAGAAGAUGAGACUCCUUUUAUUUCUAACAGUUAGCCAGUAUGCCAUAAAUAGUGUCCAUACCUACAGUGUUUCAAAUCCCAAUGUCGUUUUACUGAUGGCUGAUGAUCUCGGUAUUGGAGACCUGGGAUGUUAUGGAAACAGAACCUUAAGAACCCCUUAUAUUGACAGGCUAGCAAAGGAAGGAGUGACACUUACUCAGCAUAUAGCAGCAUCCCCGCUGUGUACUCCAAGCAGGGCAGCUUUCCUGACAGGGAGAUAUCCUAUCAGAUCAGGAAUGGCUGCCUUCUCACGAGUUGGUGUCUUCUUAUUUUCUGCUUCUUCUGGGGGACUUCCUUCUGAAGAAAUAACAUUUUCAAAACUCCUGAAGCAAAGAGGUUAUGCAACAGCUCUGAUAGGAAAAUGGCAUCUUGGGAUGAACUGAAGCAGUAAUGACUUCUGUCACCACCCCCUCAGUCAUGGAUUUGAUUACUUUUAUGGGCUCACCGUGACCAAUCUUAGAGACUGCAAACCUGGCCAAGGCAGCGUAUUUUUAAAAGGGGUUCAGAAAUACCUUGUCAUCCCAGUCCAAAUCCUUGGAAUCACCCUGGUCUCUUUGGCAGUAGUGCAUUAUGUUGGCCUCCUCAAAGUACCUUUCCAAGCACUGGGCUACUGCCUGUUAAUAACAGCUAUUUCACUUGUGGUUUUGAUUUUUUUCUUUUAUCAUUUUCGACACCUGAACUGCUUCUUAAUGAGGGACCAUCAGAUUAUCCAGCAGCCAUUAUCCUAUGAGAAUCUUACUCAGAGAUUGACAACAGAAGCUGUACAGUUUAUAGGAAGGAACACUGAUACGCCGUUUCUUCUUCUCCUGUCUUAUCUUCAUGUCCAUACAGCUCUAUAUGCUUCAAACAUGUUUAGAGGAAAAAGCAAGCAUGGUUUAUAUGGAGAUGCAGUGGAGGAAAUGGACUGGAGCGUAGGGCAGAUUCUGGAUGUGCUGGAAAAGUAUAAUCUGAGAAAUAAAACUCUUGUAUACUUUUCAUCUGAUCAAGGAGCUCACACUGAAGAAAUCUCAAGUUCUGGAGAAGUCCAUGGAGGUUACAAUGGUAUAUAUAAAGGUGGAAAAUCAACAAACUGGGAAGGAGGUAUUCGUGUGCCUGGGCUUCUCCGUUGGCCUGGAUUGAUACCAGCUGGUACCUAUAUGGACGAGCCAACAAGUAACAUGGAUAUAUUUCCUACCAUUGUCAAACUUGCUGGGGCACAGUUACCCUAUGACAGAAUUAUUGAUGGACAUGAUCUGAUGCCCUUACUUCAAGGAAAAGUUACCCGAUCCAAGCAUGAAUUUCUCUUCCAUUACUGUAAUGCAUAUUUAAAUGCAGUACGCUGGCAUCCAGGAAAUAGUGAGUCUGUCUGGAAAGUCUUCUUCUUCACUCCAAACUUCAGUCCUGAAGACUCUAAUGGUUGCUACGAUUCUCAUGUUUGCUUUUGCCAUGGAGGAUUCAUCACACGCCAUGAUCCCCCACUGCUCUUCGAUCUCUCCAGAGACCCUGAAGAGAAAGUGCCACUGACUCCAAAAACAGAGAGCCGGUUCUAUGAAAUACUCAGGGUCAUACAGCUAGCAGUAGCUAGCCACACCAGAUCACUGCAAGCUGUCCCUGACCAGCUCUCUUGGGACAACCUUCUCUGGAAGCCAUGGCUUCAGCCAUGUUGCUCAUCUCUCUUUCAGUCUUGCUACUGUGACUAUGAGUCAGAAGACAGCCUGCUGGAGGUGCAUUCUGGAUAAACAAGCUGCAGUUCCCUUUCAGAAACUGGAACAAGGAGAAUGUCUAGGUAGUUCACUUGAACCACUGCACAAAGCCUUUAGAAGUCUUUGUUAUGUAGGAUGAACUGUCUUUAAUACAGUGUUGCGGUAGAAUUUCAGUCAAGAAAAUGUGCCAAGAGAAGGAGAGCAAGACACAUCUUUUCUGACUUAAUAAUACAAGAAAUGGUAUGGAGCAUAUGCUGCUGCCCUUAUCUACAAAUGUAUGUAUUUUCUAGAUUAGAUUAUUUUCUAGAUAUUCAGCUUCAGCUUUGUUUUUACACACUGAGGAAUUCACCUGUUGUUUCUGUCAAUUAUAACCACUAAGUGCACACUUUUCUGUCCUUUUCAGUAAGUACUAUUCACUGCUAUUAGGAUAUUUCACCAAAAAAUACAAAUAGAGAGAUAAUGCUGGAGAAGUCCAUCUGUGACUAUAAUUUGAUAACUGACAGAUAGGUAAAGAACAGAUUUGUAGCAGCAUCUCUAUCAAAAAGCAUCAAUGAUAUGAAAUAAUAAACAGUGCCAAAAAUCUAACACUGCAUGCGCCAUAAAAGUAUAGAGAGCUAUAUAGUAGAAGACCUUGGUCCGCAUUAAAAUGGUGCUCUCUAACUAGCACCCUACUGCAUGACAUCAACCUUUGUUUAGAAGAGAAACCACUUCAGGUGCACCAGGUGUGUCCUUGAGUGUGUACUAUAACUCUUCAGAAAUACACGCAGGCCAAAUUCAUACCCAAGAAAGAAAGAAAGAAAGAAAGAAAGAAGGAAGGAAAGAAGGAAAGAAAAGAAAAAAGAGAAAAAAAAAAAGAAAAAAAAAAGAAAAAAAAAGGAAAUCAUAAAUUAUUUAAUCCCUGAUCUAGACAAACCAUUAUAUUCAUAACCCAGUUGCUAAAAGGAAAGAUUUGGUCCAUACCUAAUAUCUGAGUUUCAAAUUCAUACUAUAAUAUAAAGGCACUAUUUACAUACCAUACCUGUUCUUCUACUGAUGAGUGCAGUGUGCAUCACAGAUAAAUAACAUUUGGUCUUGCUUUAAAUAUUUUUGCUGUUGUUUAAGCUCUCUGGAUAGGAUCUACCAUUUUCUGACAAUAAACUUGGGCUUGAACAUUUAAAUUUUCUCAAAGCCAGAUAUACCAGUCUCUUGAGUUCUUAGCAAGGCCUUGGGAAAUCUACAAUACUUCAGGGCUAAUUUCUGUAUCCGUUUUUAUCUGCAUCUUAUUCGGUCACAUUUUCUAUCCACUCUAUAGCCAGGCAAACAGUUUUAUUUGGCAGAUUGUACCAGUGGAGAACAUACCAGCAAAAUACUAAAACAAUUUGAUGCCUGAUAAUAGAAGGUGACUUGCUCCUUAUUAGAGAACACUGGUUAAUUCCAACAUUUUAAUGUAUUACAGUCUGUUUGGUGGUAUUACCAAAGCAUUAAUGCAAAAGAGAUCUCAGCUGAUAAUAAUGCAGCAGCUUCAGUCAGCUGACAUUAAGGUUGUGACCCAGUUGUUGGGAGCUGUUGAAGCCUGUCCUAUAAAAAUAAAUUGUGGUAUAAGGUAUAUUUCUCCCUCUGUAAAAUCUAUCCUUUUUUUGAUUUUUCUGUUGCAGUUUCCUAUCUUGGGAAAUGUACUCUUUCCUUGAAGGCCUAUUUUUGAUGUUUCACCUUGUGUUUAUGAUUGUAUAUGCUCUGUGAGCUCUCUGUAGGUAGCAAAAUCCUAUGUGUGCUGAUGAAGUUAGUCAGUUCAGGUAUUUCGCCAAUAGCCUCUCAGGACUGUUUAUAUUGUAUCUGGAAAGCUGUCAGAUGGCCAUUCAUGCAGCAUAAUUGCCUCCCUCCUUUAUUUAAUCACUGAAUAUACAAUAUAAAUUUAGGAAGAAAGAUCCCUGCAGUUUAAAUGCAAGUACUUCUCUGCAGCGUUCACAGCAGGAUCCACACAUCCCAAACUCCUUGUCCCUACCAUGUAGCCCAAGAGCCUCUUGGUGCUGACCCCUCCGUGCCUGCCCUGCAGCUGGUGGGCAGCCCAACCUUCAGCCAGGGUGCACAGAGGGCAGUGGGGUGGAGGAUGCUCUCUCUGGGUGCCACAGCUCUCCUGUGGCUUAUGCAGCCUUUGCAAGCAAAUACUCCUGCUGAAUCAUAUGGACAGAAAUGUUAUGUAUUAGCUAUGCAGCAGUAACUCUUACAAGCUGUUGUUGGGUCUGUUUUGUUCCCACUGUUGUUAGGCUGUGACCUUAACAAGGACCUCAAUUUAUAUUGUUAAGGACAUCCACACCUACUUCUUUUCAUCAGGAAGAUGCUAUGUUAGUAUUAUACCUUUACUUUCUGCAGGUGUGAGAAUUGUUUGUUCUCUUAACACAGCAGCUGAUCUCUGCUGCCUGACUGAGGUACAAAAAAUGACCAUUUUUCUUCUGCUCUGUUUGCUUCUUGACUGAAUAGAGUCUUUCUUUUAUACCCUCAUUGGGUUUUGGUGAUAUCUCUCCAGUACUCUUUCUUAAAACCUCCACACCCCUCAAACAUUUUUCUAACUAUUUCUUUGCCUUUAAGUCCUCCAACUUGUAUGUCGUGUUGAUCACAAUGGCUGUUUUGCCCUAAUCAAUCUGAAAGUAAAAAGUGGUCUUUCUGAAAAGGUGUGAUUUUUAGAACUCCUUUAUGCUGCUAACCUUCUACUUAUUUAAUAUGUAACAAGAUUAACUGUGAAUUAUAAAAUCUAAGAAAUUAAAGCACAUACAAAGAACUCUGAAUAAUAAAAGUUAUUUCUUGUUUGUGCCACAAGCUUCAUAUUUACCAAAGUCUAAUUUAAUACAGCAUUUAAUAUUUUGACAUAAGCAAUAAAAUCUGAACUCCAUUUUUACAAUUGUUCCUUCAAGAAAGAUUCUAUUAAGAAUAGGACAGUAUUUUUCAUUUUCUAUGGCAAUGCUAUUUCAUUUAAUGCCUAAAAUAAACCUUCCCUGUAUUGCAAA